CCUUUACAUCUGAACAUUUCAAGAAGCAGCCUGUCUGGAUUUAAUCAAAACCAAAUGGGAAACCAACUUCCCAGCCUAGACUGAAGCAACCAGGAGGAAGUCACUGUACGGAGGCAGAACACAGUUUAAAAAAAAAAAAAAGAAGACAGAUAAAAGUUGACAGUUUCACAAAAUCUGCAGAAAAGGAAAAUCUGUCCAGCAAAUUGGGUCUACGCACUGGAAGCCCAGGAUGAGGUUAGCAAGCUGCUUAUGUGAUCGACAGGAACCUUUGCACUUAUUGUAUAAUAAUGUCCUGGAGUAAUAUGACUGCUGGGGAUUUCACAUGAGAGAUGGGGGUUUCCCAGAUCAUUGGCUAUGCUUUCCAUGGCUUCUAAUUAUUGAAAUCACAUGGUCUGCUGUAUAAGAAACCUUUUCAACACUCUGCUGUUGAACUACUAUGACGUCUGUUGUCAUUAGGAAUAGGAUCUGGGAAGACUAUGUAACUCAGUGGAUGGGGUCGUCGAAUUCUUCUGGAAAUUAUACCAUUUGUUGUCAUGGGCUUACAACGGAACAUUUUGAAUCAAAAAUGGAAAAACAUGAAGCUGACAUAGAGGAGCACAAGAAAAACAAUGUGAUACUUUCACAAUGUUAUUAUCCUGGAGAUUCCAAUGGGUUUUUUAAUUUACAAGAAGGAACGUCAAAAAAGAUUGAUGAAAAUGAUAACCUCAGUAUGGACACCGGACACGUUUCUUCAGACCCUAGUACUGAAGCAGAUGUACAGAACAGUGUUGGGAAUGAUGAGCACUGUGUCAAAGCAACUGAACUUCAUUCACAUCAGGUGGAAGUAAACAGUGACAUUGCAUCACAAAAUGAAAUCCACGAAGACUGCAGCAAAGGAGAACAUUGUGGGGCUGAAAAUGGCUUAUUACAGCCAGAGGAAGAUAACGAUGAUACCAAAGGUGGCUGUGUGGGUAGCAGUAGUGAAAGCAUCAUGGAAAAUGUUAACAUACUGGAUUUUAUUUCUGAAAAUGAUGCAUCAGGAGAAACAUGUAAUUCUACAGAUAUGGAGGAAAUUGUUAGGCACGGCAAACAGCUGCUGCAUUCGGCUUUAAUUGCACAACAACGAAGAAAAAUAGAUGAUUCAAAAGAUGCGCAUGAAAAACCCCUGUGUGAUUCGGUACUUGAUAGUCCUCCUUGUGGUCCAUGUACAAUGUCUGAAACGGGUUCUAAAAAUGUAACUCUGCCUCACCACUGUUCAGAUGGAGUAAAAAAACAGGACAAUGUGGACGGCCUUCCAAAGCCUCUAAACAAGAGCUUAAAAAAUGUAUAUUUAACAGAUUUUGUCCACUGCCUUCACUACAAAGAUACCGUUAAAGCCCAUGGAACUGUCCAUGAUAAAGUUAGACUUCGGAGAAAAAAGAAAUUAAGAGAAGACAUUAAUAGAGCAAGAGUUGACUCAAUGGUGCUGCUAAUUAUGAAACUGGAUCAGCUAGACCAAGAUAUAGAAAAUGCUCUCCAUACGCAGUCUCCAUCCAGCAAACCAGAUGUCAGCCAGCCACUCCCUGCAAAUGAUAUAGUGAGCGGAGCAGGGAGGGAACAUGUGGCCCCACAAUGUCAUCUUCCUAGAAAUUUCUCCCCAUUUUCUGAACGCGGAUUCCCUGGGCAGAUCCCUGGCUGUGGAGCUAAACCAAAGAUUGCAACAAUGCCAGCUAUUUCUGAAAAGGAGAGGGCUGUCAGAGACACGAUAAAAGAUGUGACACAGGACAUAGGAAGUUACACAGGAUAA